AAAGCACAUGUUUGCCACACAUUUGACAACAAAUAUAUAUAUGAUAUACAAAAUAAAAAACACGUGUUGUUUAACCACCGAUUAUUUGAUUGAUUAAUUAAUUGACACGUGUGUGUGUUUUCAUCAGCCAUCAGUCUAUCGCCGAAGAGGUCCAAUAAGUGGUCACUUCGGAAAAUAUGGGUCGUAAGGCCAGAUAUAGCGAGAAACCGAAACGCGGACCGGGAAGGGCUGCCAAACGACAACCGGAUCCCGAUUUUAGUCACUUGUUUGCCACCACCGAGAAAAGUGUCUCACGAACCGAUGACCAGAAACGACAAUCAAAAAACAAGAGACAAAAGUUGCAGAUCGUUGACGGCGGUGGUGGUGAUGACCAGCACAAAGUCGCCGGCAAUAAAGCGACCAAAAAAGGCGGUCAAAAACGAGUAAAAUUUGCCGAAAAAGUAGAAUACCGUAGGUUUGGUUCGGAUGACGACGAUCUGCAUGAAUCUGAUGAUGACGACGACGACGACGACGACGACGAAGAUAUGACUGACACGACAAUGAACUCGACGUUUGACGACGAUUUAGAUGACGACGAAUCGACAGUUGACCUGCAAUUAAAUGGCGGCGGCGAUGACGACGAGGACAUUGAAGACGCCGAUGAAGAAGAGAUUGAUGACGAAGAAAGUGAUGAAAAUGAAGGCGAAUCAAGUGUUGAUCAAGUAAUGGGAAAGACUGGUAAGAAAGUCAAUGAUAAAGCGGACAAUGAAGAUGAUGAUGACGAUGAUGAAGAAGGUCCCGAUAUGAAAGUGUCGGAUGCCAUUCAAUUGGGAACAACCGAUGGCCAAUUGCCCGACGAUCUGGCCAUUGUUAAACAACGUAUCAGUGAUGUACUGUUUGUUUUGGGUGACUUCAAGAAUCGACGCGAAGAGGACCGAUCGCGAGCCGACUAUAUGUCUAUUUUGACGAAAGACCUGUGCGUCUACUAUAACUACAAUGAGUUUCUAAUGGAAAAACUGAUCCAUUUGUUCAACGGUGAAGAAUUGAAAGAGUUUCUCGAGGCCAGCGAAGUUCAUCGMCCGGUAACCAUACGAACUAAUACACUGAAAACCAGACGACGCGAUUUGGCUCAGGCGUUGAUCAACAUUGGCGUCAAUGUCGACCCGAUUGCCAAAUGGUCGCGCGUUGGCCUAAUCGUCUACGACAGUCAGGUACCAAUUGGUGCUACACCGCAAUAUCUGGCCGGUCACUAUAUGCUUCAGGGUGCAGCAUCGCUGUUGCCGGUAAUGGCAUUGGCGCCUCAGCAAAACGAAAAAGUAUUGGAUCUGUGCGCCGCACCGGGCGGUAAAACUACACACAUUGCGGCCAUUAUGAAGAACACUGGUAUGCUGUUUGCCAACGAUGCCAACAGAGACCGUACCAAAGCCGUAGUGGCCAAUCUUCAUCGAUUGGGUGUCAUUAAUACAGUGGUCAGUAAUUAUGACGGUCGCGUCUAUCCAACGAUUAUGACCGGAUUCGAUCGGGUACUCUGCGACGCACCGUGCAGUGGCACCGGUGUCAUAGCCAAAGAUCCAAUCGUUAAGACCAGCAAAGAAGCGGUAGACAUCUAUCGUUGCGCACAUUUGCAGAAAGAGCUAAUACUGGCAGCGAUUGAUUGUUUGGACGCCAACUCCAAGACCGGUGGAUAUCUUGUUUACUCAACCUGUUCUGUACUCGUUGAAGAGAAUGAAUGGGUCAUCGAUUACGCCCUACAGAAGCGUAAUGUCAAACUGGUGCCCAUCGGUGUCGACUUCGGUAGAGAAGGUUUUACACAUUUCCGAACUAAUCGGUUUCACCCGACAAUGUCACUGACCCGACGCUUCUACCCUCACGCCCAUAAUACGGACGGCUUUUUUGUGGCUAAACUCAAAAAGUUUUCAAAUACGAUACCCAAUAAAAUCAAAAAAGAAAGUACCGAAUUUGAUGAUAAGAAAAAUACAUCAAAAAUCACAUCAAAUAAUGAUAGUAAUAAUGUUAACGAUGACUAUAAUAAUGAUAAUAAUAUUGAUACUAAACAAAAGCAACAUAAAAAACAUUUAAAAAAUAAAAAACACAAAUUUGUUGUCAAGAAUGAAAGCGAAAUGUUUGACGAAGACUCGACUGUCGCCGCCGACAGUAAUGAUGAUGAGAAACCUGUUGUAAAACCUGUUAACGGAACUGAUCCGACAGAUAGUGAUCAACAACAACAACAAGAGGAGCCACAAAAGAAAAGUGUGGCCAAAAGCCAGAGUGAAUUAGACAAAGAUAGGGUUACGGAAGUGAAGAAUGCGAGGAAAAAGAAAAGAUGGCUUAAAUUUAAAAAUAAAAAGAAACAAUUGAAGAAACAAUGGAGAGAAGAGAAGUCGGCGGCGGCGGCGGACAACAAACCAAAGGCAGGAGAAGAUAAUAAACAAUCGGUGAACAAGAAGUUGACGAUUAAGCCGAAGAAUCAGAAGAAGAAUCAAAUGAAAAAGAAAAAGUUGAAACAAAAGAAGUUGACGACGACUACUACUACUACUACCAGUAGUAGUAAAGAGAUAAAAAAUGAAUGAAUUUUUUAAUUUAAUAUCAAUUAAUUGAUUAA